AUGGACAAGGCAGCCGAGCUUAUUGAGCACGACUUCACGCUACUCGGCGCUACAGCUAUUGAAGACAAGCUGCAAGACGGCGUCCCAGACACUAUCCACACCUUACAGACGGCUGGCAUCAAGAUUUGGGUCUUGACUGGAGACAGACAAGAAACUGCCAUCAACAUUGGCAUGAGUUGUAAGCUAAUCAGCGAGGACAUGACUCUUCUCAUUAUCAACGAAGAGACUGCAGCCGCUACUAGGGACAACUUGCAAAAGAAGAUGAGUGCUGUGCAAAGUCAAUUCCAGGCUGGUAUUACAAUCGAAACUCUGGCACUAGUCAUUGAUGGAAAAUCUCUCACCUUUGCACUUGAANAAGACAUGGAGAAGCUCUUCUUGGACUUGGCCGUUAUGUGCAAAGCUGUGAUUUGCUGGUAUGUAUUUUUGUUUUCACCAUGGACAACACCUGCUAACCAUCUAUAG